AGAUCAUCCGUAGAGCGAGUCACACAUGGCGCAGUAGUCUAUUGCCCUAGAACCGCCGAUACUAUCGGAGCCGAUAUUGACAAUCUCGACGUCCCAUUGUUGGGUUGCCCAGCCCGUCCGGCACCGAACACUAAGCUCGCUCAUCUCUUUUCCGACGUUGCAGCACCCAACCUUGCUUUUGCUUCGGGCCUCGUCAGUACAUGGGGAAAAAGAAGAGACGGUUGGAUGCUUUUUUUGCGAGAUUCCAGUUUAAGCCAUUUACCUCGUUCAGGGGGCAGGUAGAGAAAUACAUUUUCAUUCCGGGCCUAGCAGCCAACCCAUAGCACUAAUGCCAUGGUGGUAGGAGCCGACUCUGCGACGUUGAGCGAGUAAACGAGAGCGCAUGUCCAAUCAAUUGCUUCGACUUUUGUUUAAGCACGUUACCCCCUUUUUGUCUCUGCUUUUUCUGUCUGCCGUCAGCCGACUGGCCUCACCCCGCUGCAGUUUGCACAACCCUUUAUCCCUUUCAUCCGAAGCAGCAAACCAAGAACAAAGCAAGCCACCUACGCCGGCACUGGCAGCGUUGCCGGGAAGCUAUACCCGCAGUUCGGCUUCUUCUCGCAGUACGUCAUAGUGUGAAUAAACCUCAACUUCCCAUGCUCGACACGGAACUCGUGGCUGUCAGGCGCAUUCCCGAUACUGCCAAACUCGAGCAACACGCUCACGACACCCACACUCUCGUCAAUCACAUAACGGCGAUUCGGCAUGUCAUACGACUGGAUGACGCCGAGGUUACAAGUGUCAGACGGCAGGCCGCGGCCGGUAUAGGCGCCGCCCUCGAGGCGCGCACACGGCGAGCCCCACGGCACGGCGACGCUGGCAUUCUUGAACACGUC